UACAGGAGGAGCUCAUGUCGCUCUCUUCAGAGGUCUGCUGUGUGAUUGUGUCAAACGCGUUGUCGCUUCCUGGUUUGCAGGGGGGGACUGCCGUGCAACAUUUCCGGGACUCGGAGAGUUGAGUGAUGGUCAGUCGGAAUUCAGUCGCGCGGGUCGCUGAAGGAUCAUGCUGAUUCUCAUCUCACGGUUAUUAUUUAUGGCGGCGGUGUGGCGCGUUGCGGAGGGGAAGACACCAUAUAGAUCAGACGGAUCAUGUGAUACAGCCUUUGAAUAUUACACCAAAGACCUGGGACUGUGCUGCAGUAGAUGCAAACCAGGGACUCAUCUGUCGGAUAUAUGCACUAGUACUUCGGACACCAUCUGUGGACCCUGCCAAGAUGGACAGUACUCGGAAAAUAUGAACCAUUUUCCUAACUGUUUCUCUUGUCCAAAGUGUAAAGAUGUGAAAGGACUGAUGUAUCACACAAAGUGUUCUGCUGAUACCAAAGCUGUUUGUGUUUGCAAGCCUGGGAUGAUAUGUUCUAAGCGUAAUUUCAAUAAUGAAUGUGAGGAAUGCAGAAAAUAUAGAUCCUGCAAACCUGGUGAAUAUGUCAUCAAAGAAGGAUCAACUUCAUCUGAUGUCAGGUGUAGGUCGUGUCCGCCUGGAACGUUUUCAAACCGCAGUAAUACUGAGCAGUGUAAACCACACACACAAUGUGAAGGCAGGUCAGUUUUAAGACUCGGUGACUCUACAGUUGACACAUUGUGUGAGAUGAAGCCGCCAUCAACAGCACAAACAACAACAACAAAGGCUCCUCUUCAGAGUUCACCCAAGCCUACUCACCCCAUAGAACCGCGUAAUUUAAGGGGGGAAAUGCAGGAAAUGCAGCCUAUGAACACCACCACCUUAUCUCUAGCACCAUCGAGUAGAGUGACAUCAAGCACAGCAGGGUCUCAAGAUGUCAUGAUCUACUGCAUUGUCGUUGUUGGUAUUGUUCUGGUUUUGGUGAUAUUGGCAGUGACGGUGAUUACAUGCAAGUUACGAAAGAGGAAAGCAGGUUUACAAAAGGUUCCGAUCACAGAUGACAAGAAGGUAGAGCGGGAUGCCUCGGUGAGCAGCACACCUGAUCAUCAGCGUCUGUUACCCGUCGACAGGUGCCAGAAGGAGCCGUCCAUGACUUCAUCAGACAGCCAGAGUCAGCCAGACUCGAGUCAGAGCAGCGCUGACUGGCUGGAGCGCACCAGCCAGGAGUCCAUACCGGAGCAGCCAUCUGUCUCCAGCCCCAUGGUCAAUCUCAGCAUCACCUUCAACUGCCAGGUGAACCCCACGACAGCGUCCUGCUCCAUCCCUCUCAACACAUCUGCACGGACACCCCAUGUUGAAGCUCCGGUGCCGCUUUCUCAAGAAGAGGUCUGUAUAUCCUGCCAGCAAGAGGACGGCAAGGAAGCUCUGCGGUCAGUGCAGGAGAGCGGCCUGUGUGUCUUCUGAUUGGCUGUUUUACUGAUCACAUGUAUAAGUUUAGAUAAAUGCAUUUGCAAAUUCCUAAAUGCAGUGUUAUGUUAAACAGAUAAAGAUGACAUUUAUUGCAUUAUUUUAAAAAUAAAAAGGAAUAAAUCACCCCAAAAUGAAAAUGUACACACCCUCAGGCCGUCCAAGAUGUAGAUGAGUUUAUUUCUUCAUGGGAACAGAUAUAGAGAAAUGUAACAUUGAAUCACUUGCUCACCAAUGGAUGCUCUGCAGUGAAUGGGUGCCGUCAGAAUGAGAGUCCAAACAGCUGAUAAAAACAUCACAAUAAUCCACAAGAAAUCAACACAACCAAUUACCAUCCUGUGAAGUAAAUAGCUGUGAAACAAAUCCAUCAUCAAAACAUUUUUAACUUUAAAAUGUUGCUUACGGCUAAAAUACGAGUCCUCUAUCCAUAAAAUUGCUUUUUCAGUGAAAAAGUCAUCUCGUCUGAAUCAGGAGAGAAAUAUGCACAGAUUAAGCACCAUUUAGAAGCAAAAACAGUUGUAAACAAAUGGAUUUUGAUGUGAGAGGACAGCAGGGAUGGAGGAAGUGAAUUAUGCACGUAUUUUGGCCAGAAGCGACUGCAGCUGAUCCAUUGGUGAGCAAGUGAUGUAAUGCUAAAUUACUCCAAAUGUGGUCAGAUGAAGAAACAAACUCAUCUAUAUCUUUGAUGGCCUGAGGGUGAAUCCAUUUUCAGCAAAUGUUCAUUUCUGGGUGAACUAUUCCUUUAAUAUAUAAAUCUGACAUGUAAAAUAAAUGUAUAUGUUAGCUCACAUAUUACUAAGCUCUAAUAAGCAUUUUUUGCCAUCCAAUGCUGGUGUCUAAAGAACAAGAUGGCUAAAGGCUGAUUUAGUUUCACAUCAUUUGUUAAUACUGUAGUAAUUUACGUAUACAAGUAAUUGCUGGCCCACCUAAAAAAAGAAAUUAUUUGCAUUAGAUUUUAUGCCGAAAAUAGAUUCUGCAAAACUCACCAAGCGGCUAAUGUCAACAAAACUGACUCAUUAUUGUAAAGUAUUAUACAGUUUUAGGAUUACUAUCUCUAUUCAGUACUUGUCUUUGACAUUUGACACGUAAAAAGUUUUUACACCUCCCUGCUGAGACGAAAUUAAUGAUAUUUCGAUAUAUAGAGAGAUGUGAAGCUAGCGCCACACAGUGGUUGUUAUUUUCUCUACCUCGCUUGCACAUUUAUAAGGCGUUUCCCUGUACAUAUUGUAAUAUCAUUUAUAGACUUGGUAAAUGAGUUUUGUGGGUUUACAUGAGAUGAAUGAAAAAUUAGUAGAGCCCUCUGUUACAGCACAGGUUGUCCAACACUAUUAGAUAUUAUAUCUAAAGAUGGAGAAUCAACAUUUUGUAUAUAUUGGAUUGCCAAGGAUAUCAUCAAAGAUAUUUUUUUGGAAUAUAAGAAUGUAUAUAGUUAUUUUUGUAUGUUUUUUAUUUUUUAUUUAUUUUUUUUUUUACUUUUUAUUUUUUUAUUUUUUUACUUGUAAAUAUGUUGUCAUUGUAAAAUUUUGUAUAUCCACUUUUAUAAAGCACAGUAUUAUUCACACUUGUCUAUAUUAUUUUUCUAUUGUGCAAACUAUUAUUUUAGGAUUGCAUCACUUGCUCAGCAAUGGAUGCUCUGCAGUCUGCAGUGAAUGGGUGCCAUGAGAAUGAGAGUCCAAACAGCUGAUAAAAACAUCACAGUAAUCAAAACCACUCCAAUCCAUCAAUCAAAAAACAUUUUUAACAUCAAAUCAUUGUUUCCAGCUAAAAAUACAAGUCCUCCAUGCAUUAAUAUGUUCUGCAAACUUUAAUUAUUUCGUGAACUAUUCCUUUAAAAGCAUUUUAACUUGAGAUAUUAUUGUCACCUGGUGGACAACAAAACAGGCUAAAAAUCAAUUCGAGCGACCUAGAAAUGCCCUGCUAUCAUGCAAGAGGAAUCUAUAAGUCUAAAGUUUAUUUCAUUAUUUAUUUCAACUAUGUAUUGCUUUGAUUUAUAUAUUUCCCCUUACAGGAAUUUCAUACGCUGUCAACUGUACAAACUACAGUGUAGUCAAGACCAAACUGUGGUUCUCCUUGCCAAAACAUCCAUUAUAUAGAUUCUGCUGGUAGACCACCAGCACAAAAAGCAGUUUAAGAUUAACGUAUGAAGCCGGAGGAAAGCCACCAGCGGUGGAUCAAUACAGGUGUUAACCGACUUAAGGAAUCACAGAGAAGGAUCUCUUUUUAGGAGUUGAUUAAAUAUUGAUCAUGCCCUCUAUGGCUGUUUUGAAGGUUGCUGUACUCCCACAUCUGUAUUGCACUGCUCAUUUGAAAUGUGGAGUGUCUGCUGCUUUCUUUUUCUGAGCGUGGAACAAAGUCUUCUGUAAGCCACAGUCUGUUUGUUGUGGGAUUGGUUUAGGAAACCUGGUUUUCAUUUGUAACUUACUGAGUAAUUACUUUAUUUAUUCAGAUUUUGAGCAGAAGUAUGUAAGCUUGGGAAUCUAGAAGCACUUUUUUUGGACACAGUAACACCUUUAUUAUGUCCACUUAUAGGGACAAUUAGGUCAAUUCAAUAUACAUAUAUAAGUUCUAUAUUAAAUUAUUCUCCAUUUAUUUUCUUUAAAAUUUAUUUCCAUUGUCUUUUUUAUGUAUAGAUUUUAUUAUUUUGUCCCUUGUCCCAGACCCAGACUUUAAGUGUUACAAUAUGAAAAAAAAGCCAUCAUAAAAUAUAUAUUUUUAAAAUGGGAUAAAUCAAAUUUUGCUCAUCUGUAUGAAUUAUUUCAAUAUUUUGUGUAAAUCCAUCUUUACACAGAUUUUCUUUUUUUUUUACCAUUUAUCUCCACUGUAUUUUGUAAAUCUUGCAUAUUGUUAUGUAUAUAUAUAUCAGGGAUCAGUAGACUUGUAAUGUUUUUUACAAAAAAUGUCUCUUAUGCUCAUCAUCUAUUUGAUCAAAAAUAAAAAAAUAAAA